AUUAUCCAGACUACAAUGUUGAUGCGAGAGUCAUGUGCAUUGGGCAUGACUUUUAUACAUACUGAAUGUGUAUAAACUUCUGUGUUUAGGGCCACAUAUAGGAGUAAUGAUUAAGGGCCAAAAACAGGAAAGUUAUCUGACUGAUCAACUGCUACUCUUUAACUACAAGUUUAUAAAUACUACAUGUCCCUCAACUCACACAGUUUAGUUAUUUCUUUCAAGUAUGAUAUCAGCUCCUCCUCCACUUCCAAAUGAAGCUCCAACAUAUAAUCAAGCGAAAAGCGGGCCUCCUAGAGAAGCCAAAUGGUGGUACUCAACUUUUCAUACUGUCACAGCCAUGGUUGGCGCAGGUGUUCUCAGCUUGCCUUAUGCCAUGGCUCACUUAGGAUGGGGUCCAGGCGUCGUGUUUAUGGUUCUAUCCUGGAUCAUAACAUUAUACACAAUAUGGCAGCUGAUCCAGCUCCAUGAAUGUGUUCCCGGGGUACGUUUUGAUCGCUAUUACAGCCUAGGUCAGUAUGCUUUCGGGGAAAGACUUGGAGCAUGGAUUGUGCUUCCGCAGCAACUCAUUGUACAGGUUGGCUGUAACAUUGUGUACAUGGUCACUGGUGGCCAGUGUCUCAAGAACUUCAUGGAAAGAGUCUGCACAAACUGUAUACAGCUCAGGCAAUCUUACUGGAUUUGUGUUUUGGGUUCGAUACAUUUUGUUCUUUCCCAACUCCCAAACAUCAACUCUGUUGCUGCAGUUUCAGUUGCAGCCGCUAUCAUGUCACUCAGCUACUCAACUAUAGCUUGGGUGGGCAGCCUAAACCAAGGCAGGGCUGAAAAUGUGAGCUACGCGUAUAAUUAUACCAGUGGAGCAGACUCAGUUUUCAGAAUGUUCAAUGCAUUAGGCCAGAUUGCAUUUGCAUACGCGGGUCAUGCAGUGACCCUUGAAAUCCAGGCCACAAUGCCUUCAACCCCUGAGAAGCCUUCCAGAAUUCUGAUGUUCAAAGGAGCAGUCGGGGCCUAUAUCAUAACCGCGAUUUGCUAUUUGCCAGUCGCCUUUAUAGGCUACUAUUCUUUUGGUAAAGAUGUUGCAGAUAAUGUAUUAGAGAAUCUUGAAAGACCCUCAUGGCUCAUUGCUGCUGCUAACCUCAUGGUUGUCAUCCAUGUCAUUGGCAGCUACCAGGUUUUUGCAAUGCCGGUGUUUGAUUUGUUGGAGAGAACGAUGGCCAAAACGUUCAAAAUCCCGAUAGGAAUGUUACUCAGACUUGUAGUUCGUUCUGCCUAUGUUGCCUUUACUUUGUUUGUGGGUUUAACAUUCCCUUUCUUUGGGGAUCUUCUUGGUUUCUUUGGUGGAUUUGGUUUUGCUCCCAGUUCUUACUUUCUGCCAUGCAUAUUAUGGCUCACAAUCAAGAAACCUAAAAGAUUCAGUGCCUCCUGGCUCAUCAACUGGGUUUGCAUAUGUGUGGGAGUGUUCAUCGUGGUGGCUUCGACCAUUGGAGGGUUUCGGAAUAUAAUACAUGAUUCUUCCAGCUAUAACUUUUACUCAUGAUUUAGCAGUGUUCUUCUUCCCAAUGAUUUGUAUCUCAACAUCUAAUUGAACUGUAAUGAGUUUGUAGAUUACUCCAUGUAUAUGCUAUCAUAAAGGAGUAUCAGUUUCUGAUGGUAAGAAAAAGUUCAUCAGAAAGCCACACGUCUACAGAGCAGUGUAUGAAAUAAUAACAUGGCUUAUAAGUUGGCCAAAAUAUUACUAUAUAGGAUCUGCCAAAGGCAAAUUAUAUUUAUAUAA